AUGGGUAUUAUACCUCCGAGAAGAGUGAAAACUUUACCGUCGGAAGCUGUUACGUUCUUGGUACCUGCUGUAGAGGAUUACGGGGAAUCAGAUGAGGAGGAGGAAUCAGAUGAGGACGAUGAUGAAACAUUCCUCACACAUUUUCGGAUCACGGACGUCCUUCUGGCGCUGAUGUUGGUCAGCACAUCCCAGUGUUGGCCAAAGGGAGAAUGCCCCAGAGGAACUGCCAAUUCAAGAACUAUAAUACUGCCAGACCAUGCCAAUUGUACAGUGUUUUAUAAGUGCAACUACUGGGAACCUGUACUAUAUCACUGUCCUCACGGCCUGCUCUUCAACUCUCGCACUCUGACGUGCGAUUGGCCAUGGAAUGUUGCCUGUCCUCACAGCAAGGGUCGAGCUGAAUCGGCGGUAACAAUUCCAAAGUGGCCAACUCCACUGACUGGAUAUUUAGCAAAACAAUGGCCAUCUAGCGCAGUCACACCGACCAAAAACUUUACAUUUAAGGAGUGCAUCGACCACCUCACACUGCACGCCACUAGCGCUAAUGGGCGUACACCAGACCCAAAGCACAUCGUAUCUGGACAUCAUAUUAGUAACCCACCCCUGUGGCCUGCUGCACAUGUCAGUAGGUGGCCAACAAUAAUACCAGAAUGGCAAUCUGUCUGGUGGAAAACAAGUGUAACUCCCACAGAACACAGUAAACCUGUAAGUACUACAGGUUCCAGUAGUACAUCAGCGAAUUGGUCAACAAGACGCACCACCCACCAGCCAACAACUACCUCAGAAUUAUCAUCUGAAUGGUGGAAAACAACCGCCUCUUCUACAGAUCAUGUGGGAUCUAGCAGUACUACACAACGAACAACAACAACAACAACAGAAUCGCCGCCAGCAUGGUGCAAGACAACAUAUGGUGAAACAAGUUCAACAACAACCGACAAAAGCACUUCGUAUGAACCAUGGUCCACAUCAAAAUCAGUAUCAGUAUCAACACAGCAAACACCGGAAGCUACCACUAUACAUGAAGAAUCUACGCAAACUGCAGCUGACGCAAGUACAACACGUAAGACUAUGACAACAACAGACAGUACCCACUGGCCAGAAACAAAAUCGACAUCAGUGUCACUACCAUCAACCGACAAAAGCACUUCAUAUGAACCAUGGUCCACAUCAAAAUCGGUAUCAGUAUCAACACAGCAAACACCGGAGGCUACCACUAUACAUGAAGAAUCUACGGAAACUGCAGCCGACGCAAGUACAACACAUAAGACAAUGACAACAACAGACAGUACCCACCGGCCAGAAACAAAAUCGACAUCAGUGUCACUACAAUUAACCGACAAAAGCACUUCAUAUGAACCAUGGUCCACAUCAAAAUCAGUAUCAGUAUCGACACAGGAAACACCAGAGGCUACCACUAUACAUGAAGAAUCUAAGGAAACUACAUCUGACGAAAGUACGACACAUAAGACAAUGACAACAACAGACAGUACCCAUUGGCCAGAAACAAAAUCAACAUCAGUGACACUACCAUCAUCAGAAGCUUCCACAGGACAUGACGGAUCUACAGAUACUACUUCUGAGGAUAACAGAUCUAGCUCUUGGCCGGCAACUGACGUUACCCAUUGGGCAGAAAUAACAUCAAAAUCAACAACAGUAUGGCAACAAACUGCAGAGUCUACCACAGGAGAUGAAGGAUCUAAGGAAACUGUAACUGAUAAAAGCACAUCACACAGCCCUUGGUCAACAACAGGCAGUAAACAUACGUCAACAGUAACGACAGAACCAACAUCAGUGUGGCAGCACUCAACAGAGGCUUCCACAGAACUUGACGGAUCAACAGAGACUACAUCUGACGGAAGCAGGCCAAUGUCAACAACAGAUGGUACCCAUCCACCAACAGUAACGCCAGAAUCAACAGUGUGUCAGCACUCUACAGAAGCCCCCAUAGGACAUGAUGGAUCUACAGAAACUACAGCUGAUGAAAGUACAACAUACAGGGCAUCAUCAACAACAUAUGGUACCCACUUGUCAACAGUAAUGACAGGAUCAACGUCAGUGUCACAGCACACAACAGUGGCUCCUACAGGACAAGACAGAUCUACAGAAACUAUACCAGACGAAAGCACUAAGCCAUGGCCAACAACAUUCAGUACCCAUUGGCCAGAAGUAACAUCAGCAUCAACAUCUGUGUGGCAGCAAACAACAGAAUCUUCCACAAUACAAGACGGCUCUGCAGAAACUGUUCCUGAUGAAAGCAAUAAGCCAUGGACAUCAACACACAGUACCCACUGGUCAGAAGUGACAUCAGUGGCAACAUCAGUGUGGCAGCAAACAACAGAGGCUUCCACUGAAGAAGAUGGUUGUGCUGAAACUGUACCUGACAAGAGCACUAAGCCAUGGCCAACAACAAACAAUACCCAUUGGGCAGAAGUAGCAUUAUCGUCAACAUCAGUGUGGCAGCAAACACCAGAUGCUUCCACAGGACAAGACGGAUCUGACGAAAGCACUAAGCCAUGGGCAACAACCCAUAGUACCCAUUGGCCAGAAGUAACAUCAUCGUCAACAUCGGUGUGGCAGCAGACACCAGAGGCUUCCACAGGACAAGACGGAUCUGACGAAAGCACUAAGCCAUGGCCAACAACCCAUAGUACCCAUUGGCCAGAAGUAGCAUCAUCAUCAACAUCGGUGUGGCAGCAAACACCAGAGGCUUCCACAGGACAAGACGGAUCUGACGAAAGCACUAAGCCAUGGACAACAAUCCAUAGUACCAAGUGGCCAGAAGUAGCAUCAUCGUCAACUUCGGUGUGGCAGCAAAUGACAGAGCCUUCCACUGUACACAAAGAACCUACACAAACAGCGACUGAGGAAAGUAAGACACAUAGGCCACAGUCAACCUCAAAAAGUACCCAUUCGCCUACAGACGUACCAGUGUGGGAGCAUACAACGAAGACUACCACAGAACAUGACGAAUUGACGGAUCCUACAGCUGAUGAUAGCACAACACCAAGGCCUUGGCCGACAGCAGAUAAUACCCAUUUGACAGAAGUAACAUCAAAAUCAACAUCAGUGUGGCAGCAAACAGCUGAUCCUACCAAAGGAAAUGAAGAAUCAGCGCGAACUACAGAAAACGAAAGUACAACAGCUAAAUCGUUGCCAUCAGAUGGAACUCAUUGGCCCAAGGUAACGAUCAAAUCAACUUCAGCACGGCAGAAAACUGCAAACCCUUCCACAGGAUACGAAGGAGCUUGGCAGAAAACAACAGAACCUUCCGCAGAGAAUGAGGGGUCUGCUCAAACUACAGCUGAUGAAGGUAGCACACCUGAUUGGUCAAAAUCAGACGAUACACACUCGUCAGCAGAAACAGCAAAAUCAACAUCAAAGACAACAGAGCCUUCCACAGAGCAUGAAUCUGUGAAAUCUGUAGCAAAUGAAAGUAGCACAUACAGACCACGACCAACAACAGGUGUAACAGAUCAGCCAGUAGUGACAGGCAAAUAUACUUCAUCUGGGCUGAAAGCAUCAGAUCCUUCUUCAGAGCAAGAGGGAUCUGGUGAAGCCACAGUUGAUGGAAGUACAACAAAUACCCCAUGGCGUACAACUCAAGUUAUGCAUUCACCUAAACCUUUUACGGAGUAUCAGCGAUCUAUUGAAACUACAGUGUUCGACAGCUUAACAUCAAGAAUGCGACCUUCAACACAUUGCCCACCAGGCUUAGAAUUCAAUGCAGCCCUGUCUGUAUGCGACUGGCCGGACAAAGCCGGGUGUUCGCGCGAGUGCCCAGCAGACAGUACCGACCCAACUACAGUCGCCCCUCCAGUUCGCUGCGAUGCCAAGGGAGAAUGUCCUCACUAUAUAACUAAACCAGAGGACGCACACUUGCCUCAUUUGACAAACUGUAGCCUUUUCUGCCGCUGUGUCAACGGCGUCCCAAUCACGCAGAAGUGUCCUCAAGGGUUGGAGUUCAACCCUCACUUGAAAGUGUGCGACUUGAAGCACAGAGCGGGCUGCAGUACAGGCACUCACUGGCCCCUCGGUAGCGUGCCUUGCGACGCGAGGGGGUCGUGUUCCAGUGGGCUGGAUCGCCUGCCACAUCGAACCAAUCCCCAUCUGUACUGCCGCUGCGACGGAGGGGUCGCCGUAACGGAGAGCUGUCCUCCCGGGGAAGAGUUCAAUGAAGUUCUAAGUCUGUGUGAACCGCUUUCUCACCAUUCGACUGAGAGUGGGCACCGUGUGCAAGACUGGCUUCGGGCCAACGUUGAGUAUCCCAUUGUGAGAGGGCACGAAGCGUCUCACUGGAUGCGGCCCGCUGCUGGUCAUUCCACUGUCAAUGAACACCACGUCCCAGACAGGGCACACCCCACUUCUCAUCAUUCCACCGUCAAUGAACACAAUGGCCGGGACUGGGCACACCCCACCGCUGAACGACCCGUUGUGAGCGAACACCACUUCCGAGACUGGGCGCACCCCACUGCCGGUCAUUCCGCUGAGAGAGGGCACCGCACCUCAGACCCGACGCACCUCAGCACCAGGCAGCCUUGUGACGCGGUCGGCGAGUGCCCACGCGGCGCGGCGAAGCUGCUGCCGCACCGGACGGACUGCAGCCUCUUCUGCCAGUGCGACCACGGCGUGCCGGUGGCGGCGCGCUGCCCUGCCGGCCUCGAGUUCAACGCCGCCUUGCAGGUCUGUGACUACCCGCACCGCGCCGGCUGCUCGUGCGGCAGGUCUGGCGCUCACCACCGGACGCACCACUGA